AUGCGGCUUGACGUCAUCAUCGCCGCGUCUCUCUCAGCCGCUCUCACCUUCUUCCUCUCCCGUCGCCUCGCUCCGUCCAAACCCGACUCAAAACCGUCAAAAGACGUGAACGCCUCCGUCGACGAUGACGGAAUCGACAGAAAAUCGCCACCUCAACCCAUCGCCUCCUUCUCGUCCCCGGAUACCGCCAACGUGAAAUCUCUGCCACGUGUACGGUCGGAGAUGGAGGUGGAGGACGAGCAGGACUAUCAUUUCCUCACGGUAGCGGCGGAGGAGGCGGAGGCGGGCGCGUUGGAGAAGGACGGCGGGCCGUUCGGCGCGGUGAUCGUGCGCGACGGGGAGAUAGUGGCGCGCGCGCACAACGAGGUGCUGAAACACAAGGACCCCACGUGCCACGCCGAAAUCAUCGCCAUCCAGAAGGUGCGCGGUAGACUGAGCUUUUCGGACGUUUCUGUCUAA